AUGAAUAGAUUGCUUCUGUUUGCUUCAGAUUGUGGAAAGGUCGAGUGUCUGUUAAGCAGUUUCGAAAAGUACUUCAAUGUAUAGGUCAUUGAGGCAAAUUACAAACAGAUAGUGAAUGAAGUAUUGAGCAAAGACACUCAAUGUGUAUUUGUCACAGAGAAUAGUUUGAAAUCUUAAAUAAUAUUUAAUAAGUUUGAUAAAAUAAGAGCAGCUAUUUGUUACAAUUAAUACUUUGUGUAAAUGUGCAGAGAGCAUAAUGAUGCCAAUGUGAUUAUUAUACCAUUGGACAAUAUCGCCUAGAAUGUGGCUGUACAUUUUGCAUAGGGUUUAUCACAGGUAGAAUUUGACACCAAAACAACUCCAAAUCAUUAAAGAAGAGUUAAUAAAUUAAAUUUAAUAUAAUGA